AUGUCCCUGGCGGCCUCGGCGGGCCGGGGCCCAGGGGCCUUGUGGUCUCCAACCCACGUGCAGGUGACAGUAUUGCAGGCACGGGGUCUGAGAGCCAAGGGCCCCGGGGGCACGAGCGACGCGUACGCGGUGAUCCAGGUGGGUAAGGAGAAGUACGCCACCUCGGUAUCAGAGCGCAGCCUGGGCGCGCCUGUGUGGCGGGAGGAAGCCACCUUCGAGCUGCCUCCGCUGCUAUCCGCCGGGGCAGCACCCCAGGCCGCCGCCACCCUGCAGCUCACCGUGCUGCACCGCGCGUUGCUUGGCCUCGACAAGUUCCUGGGUCGCGCCGAGGUGGACCUGAGGGAGCUGCACUGGGACCAGGGCCGCAGGAAGACUCAGUGGUAUACUUUGAAAUCCAAACCAGGAAAAAAGAAUAAAGAGCGAGGAGAAAUUGAGGUUGACAUCCAGUUUAUGAGAAACAACAUGACUGCUAGCAUGUUUGACCUUUCCAUGAAAGAUAAGUCUCGGAACCCAUUUGGAAAACUGAAGGACAAGAUCAAGGGGAAGAAUAAAGAUAGUGCAUCAGAUUCUGCUUCUGCCAUUGUGCCCAGCAUGACGCCAUCAGGUGACAGUGAUGAUGAAUCUUCUACAAAAGACAAGAAAAAGAAAUCAAAGAUCAAGACCUUGUUUUCCAAGUCUAAUUUGCAGAAAACACCGCUCUCGCAGUCCAUGUCCGUCCUGCCUACUUCCAAGUCAGACAAAGUGCUGCUUCGUCCCGGAGACUUUCAGUCCCGGUGGGAAGAUGAUGACAAUGAGGGCGAGUCGUCUUCUGCCUCAGACAUCAUGACUCACAAGAGAACAGCAAGUGCAGAUCCCAAGCAGCUGAACCAGAUCAACUUCAACCUGUCCAAGAAGGAGGGACUCUCCUUUCUCAGUGGCUUUCGGUCUAAGAAUGACACCCUUUCCCGCUCUAACGUCUGUAUCAACGGGAACCAUGUUUACCUGGAGCAGCCAGAAUCCAAGAGUGAGACCAAAGACAGCACUCCCUCUUCUUCCCCAUCUCCCCAGGGCUUCAGGAAGAAACAUUUGUUCUCAUCCACAGAAAACCUUGCUCCCCGGUCUUGGAAGGAACCUGGGGAAGCAGGUGAAGUGGCUUCUGACAGACUGCUCUCUGAGUCUUUCACAAAAGACUCUUUGAAAUCCAUGUCUCUGCCAUCCUACAGACCACUGGUCAGUGGCGACGUUAGGGGAAACACAGCCCCAGUGAGCUUGGAGGCUGGGAAAGAAACCAAAGAGAGCAAGAAGCAGGAGAACAAGAAGCACUCUUUGCUUUCUCUGGUGAUGGGAAAGAAGGACAUGGCUAAGGGCAGUGAAGAGGAGAGCCCUCCUACCAUCCCAGAGAAGGAGAAGGGAGGUGUGCUCCCAGAAAUCCAACCAAGGAAGCAUGAGUCGGAGCCUGUUAAAGACCUUAUGAAAAAAUCCGAGAAAGAUACUUCAUCUGUUGUCUACGAAUGGAAUAAAUCUCUGAACCCCUUUGAAGAGGUGCAGAUCACAGAGCCAGAAGCUGAGCCAGAGUCCAAACCUGAACCUAAGCUACCCGUCCCCUCUCCAAGGGCUCCCCAGACUAAAGCUGUGAAACCUCGACUGGAAGUGUCUCCAGAGGCUCAACCCAAAGCCAGGCUUCCUUCUUCCCCUGACUUGCCUGUCUUUGUUCAUGCUCGCUCUCCUGGUUCUAGUCAGACCCUCCUCCCUUCUGAACUGGGGCAUGAUUCAGAGACACAGUCCUCUGAAAGUCCUCCUGUCUCCUCCUCUUUCUCAUCUCCCGUAGUGGCUCCCAUUUCCACAUCUACCCCUAUUGACAGCUGGCCUCACACAGACAAAGACCAGACCAUUUCUGAAGAACCAUCUUUGCAUCUUAAAGCAGAGUUUCAAAAAGAGAGUAUAGCACAAGUUCCAAAUACUGUUUCUUCUGCCUUGGGAUCACUUUCCAAAGAGCUACCCAUUGCAGUGUGUAAAGAGACAGAAGACUCUCUAACCAUGGAGACCGGUGACGUAGACACAGAGAAGAAUACCAGUGAUGAGAAAGUAGAAAACUCUCUCCUGGAGCAGCCUGAAGUAGGACAACAAGAAGAGGAGCUUCUGAGGUUUCCCUACAAAAAACAAGACUACAUCCCUUCAUCAGAAGAGGCUCAAGAAAAAACAUUUGCCCUUUCAGUUAGAAGUGGCAGAAUUGAAAGCUCAGCAAGGAAGCCUUGGAUGAGGGAAAAUGCAGACUUUGAGAUUCAGUCUAGAUCUUUGGUAGAAAACAAAGUUAGAAACGGUGAGAUGACUUCAGCAAUUAAAGAAGUGGUGCCCCCUCUUAAAAUGGGAGAAGCGGUCCCCCCACUUGACUCAGUAACACAGACACAUGAAGAGAUGGGUCUGAAUGCCAGUGAGGGCCAAAAGAAAGUCAAGAAACGUGUGUCAUUUUCUGAGCAUCUCUUCACAGAAGAGGAGGUAGAGAAGUCCACUGGGUGGAUAGAGGAAGACAGAAAUAAUCCCCAGGAAAUGACCCAGGAAAGGGCUGCUGCUGGAAGUGUGUGUGACAGGGAGCCUUCUACAUCUCCCCACACGGAAGAUUCAGAGAGAGAAUCUGUGGCUGAAUCAAGGCUUUUGAACUGUGAUGUGCCGGUUUCCAUGGUGGAUCAGGAGGAGAGUUUCUCAGAAAAACCUACGAAUGAAACAAGCUCAGAGAAAGACAUUCCACUCAUUAGGACUAAGGGAGAUGAUACCCUAAUGGAGCAAUAUCAGAGCAAAGCCAGUGAUCAUGAAGGUUUAUUGGCUGAUCCUCUGAAUGAUCUUCAGUCUGCCACAGAUGCCAAAUCUCCAGUCAUGGCCGAUCUGAACCUAACCCUUUCUUCUAUUCCUGAAGUCACAUCAGAUGAUGAAAAAGUAGACCAGGUUGAAGAUGUUGAAGAGACAGCAAAGGUGGCAGCUCUAGAAGUAGGAGCUUCCUCCUUGAGCAUGUCACCUCCUUACCCUGAGAAGAAAAAGGGACUGCGUGGUAUGGGAGAUGAUCCCACAGUGCCUGCGGAGAAUCUUUGUGCCCUUGGAUCAAAAGCACCUAAAGCAUCUGUUAUAGCUUCUUCAGACCAAAUUGCAGCUUUAGGAAUUCAUAAACCACAUCUUGGCAAGAGCUCAAGCUUGGAUAAACAGCUGCCAAACCCUGGCAGUGGUGAUGAAGAAAAACUGGAGGAAAAUGGGAGGCCAAGCCAGCCUCCUGGCACAUCCUUGGAAUCUCCUGUUUCUAGUCCCUCCCUUUCUGAGCCCUUUUCUGCCACACAUUCUUGCCCUAGCUUUCCACAUUCUAACACUCACCACUCUAGUACAGCAGAAUCUCAAAAAAAAGCAACAGCAGAGGGCUCCGCUGCUAAAGUUGACAGUUCUGGCAAGAGGAAGCCGCUUCUUCAGGCCUGGGUCUCCCCCUCAGAGACACAUCCAGUCUCAGCUCAGCCAGGCACUGGAAGUUGGUCAGCCAAGCACAGACUUCAUCCUGUGAAGCCAAUGAACACAACAGCCACAAAGAUUACUAGCUCCAGUUUGGGAACUGCCACCAUAAUCAGUGAGAAUAUGGUCAAUGAAGCAAUAAUGAAGAAAUACAAGCCCUCGGACCCUGCGUUUGCUUAUGCACAGCUGACCCAUGAUGAGCUGAUUCAGUUGGUCCUCAGACAAAAGGAAACAAUCAGCAAGAAGGAGUUUCAGGUUCGAGAGCUGGAAGACUACAUUGACAAUCUGCUAGUCAGAGUCAUGGAGGAAACCCCCAACAUCCUCCGCAUUCCAGCUCAGGUCGGCAAAAAGGCAGGAAAGAUAUGA